CGUAACCUGGGCAAAAUGCUGUGGAAUCUGCUGGCUCUUCGACAGAUUGCCCAGAGAACUAUCAGCACUGCUUCAAGCAGGCAUUGUGAAAAUAAAGUUCCACAGAAGCAAAAGCUGUUUCAGGAGGACAAUGGAAUUCCAGUGCACCUAAAGGGUGGGCUAGCUGAUGCCCUCCUGUAUAGAGCCACUAUGAUUCUUACAGUUGGUGGAACUGCACAUGCCAUCUAUUAGUUGGCUACGGCAUCAUUUCCCAAGAAGCAGGAAUGACUUCAGUCAGACCAGCAGUCACGUGGCUCAGUUCCAGUGAGCUCCCUGGACCAGUAAUAUGAUGAAUAACUGAGGUCUUCUUUGGGGAUCAAUAUUUAUUGACUUGUACUAACUGCCACCAAUAAAGCAGUCUUUACCAUGAAAAAAAAAA